AUGCCUCCAGCUUUAAGUGACUCCGAGUCCGACGCUGGCGUCGCUACUAUUCCGACCCGCCCAGCUCCCGCGAAUGGCUCAGCAGGCCCCAAGAUUGUCGGCGGCCCGGACGCAGUAAUCGACGACGAAGAUUUGCCUGGCUCAGAAGGAGAGGAAGACAAUGAGGAUGAGGACGGCGAGGAGGAGGAGGAUGUAUUUGUCGUCGAGGCGAUUAAAAAGCACAUGGUUGAUGAAGAGGGCAUCCUCCGAUUCCAGGUGAAGUGGGAAGGCUACGAGAAGAAGGCGGACAUGACGUGGGAGCCCGAAGAGAACCUGGAGGAGGACGCAAGUGAGAUCCUCAAGGAGUAUUUUGCCAAAGUAGGCGGUCGGGAUGCCAUCCUUGCGCAACACGCAAAAGCCACCAAGGGGAAGAAGCGCGGGCGACAGUCCGCGGGCCCCAGCACAUCGAAGCGCUCGAAGCGCGAAGCUCAUCCCGAUGAGGAGGACGCGCCGGCAUCGAAGCCCAAGUCGUUCGUCCCGCCAGCAGGGUCAUGGGAAGACGAAGUCGUUAGCAUCGACGCGGCUGAUGAAGAUGGCAACGGCACCCUGACCAUCUUUUUAAAUUGGCAAAAUGGCGCAAAGACGAAGCAUCCUCCCAGCGUUGUCUACAAACGAUGCCCACAAAAGAUGUUGCGUUUCUACGAGCGCCACGUGAAGAUUGUGACCACUAUGAAGAACGAGGCGGAGGAAAAGGUGCAGACGUUGACACAGGCCGAGGAUGAGAACUAA